CUUACCCUUUGUCAGUUUCAUAAAAAGAAAAAAAAGGAAAAAAAGAAAAAGAAAAUUAGAAGAUCUUGAAAAAAACAAACGGAAGAAUCAUCUAAAUAAUAACACGUUGCUCAAUUACCAUUAUUUCUAAUGCUCGCGCCACGUUCACCACAGCUCGGACUCUAUGUAAGUACAUAAUAUACACGAGCUCCGCUUUCGAUCAUAGAGCAGUGGCCAACGAGAGAGUCUCAUAUUAGAACGAUCGAGUAAAGAACUUUUAUUUUCAACGAUACUGGUCGAUUGGGUACUCACUCGUGCUUUCUCCCUUAUUAUAUUUCUGUUUUUUUAUUUGAAACAUUUCAAGAAUCUUCAUUCGAAAUAAAUAACUUAGAGAUUCUUAAAUAAAGACAGAUUCUUUUAUAUAAAAAAAAAAAAAAAAUAGAGAAUUAAGAAAGUAUAAUUCAUCAACGAAUGCAUUAGUUAAUUGAAUUUUGAUAGUGAUUUAAUAUUCUAUUUUUUGAAUUGGACACUUUUGAAUAAGAAGAAGAAGAAGAAGCAGAUGAAGUAGACGAAGUGACAAUUUUGGAAAAGCAGAAGUAACCAAGUAUCGAUAUCGUGACUUAUUUUGUUGAUUCCGUGCAUGGAACGAUGGAGCACAACUCUCAGACGGUGAGAGAAGCCGUCGUGGAGGAUGUAAGUCUCGAAACUGAAGGAGGUAGUCUAACGAUAAAAGACGAGAUGGUUAAUAAUCAAGUAAUUCUUCAACAACAACGAAAACAACAGCAGGAGAUUGGGUUUAUUGUCAAACAGGAAGGCGGGGAUGAUGUGGGCGUGCUUGAGGCGGGUCACUCAGAAAUCGAAAAUGGCGUCAUGCUAGAACCAACUGGAACAGAAGUGAUCGCUUUGAGUGUUUCUAACAAUCAUCAAAAUGAUCGGAAUUCUAAUUAUACCCUUCAUCAACUUAGUUAUCAAGAAGAUCACAUUAUUCAUGAAAGCUAUUUAGAAGAGGGUUCAUCACGAUUUGGAGGCGGAGACAUUGAAGAGAAGGAGGGGCAGGAACAGCAGCAACGGGUCGCUCACCCCCACCACCAUCACCAUCACAUCCCUCAACACCAACAGUCGCCAGAAGAGACGCAACAAACUCAGUACGUUCAGCUCGGUCGAGGCGAAGUCCAGGUUCCUGAAGGAGGGGAUAGCCGGCAUUCAACUGAGGUCUCUAUCCCUAGUGAAGGAACUCGUACUGUCAGUCACAUGCCUCAUUCCACGAUGCAUCGUUACAGUGGAGAAACGCUUUCUCCGAGUGCUACGGAUCAUUCUAAUAAUCAUCACCAACAACAACAACAACAACAUCAUCAUCAUCAUCAUCAACAACAGCAACAACAACAACAACAACAGCAACAACAGCAACAGCAACACCAUCAUCAGUUAUCCGAAAUUCAUCAUCAUCAACAACAACAACAACAUGGUUCUCAUCGUCAUUUAGAAGAUCAACAACACCAUCAAGAAAAUGAAGAAGAAGUUGAUAGAGUUGGUGGUAUUUCGAGAAGUGCGCGUGGGGAUUUUAGUUUGGGUGUGCUUUUUCCAAAUCUCGGCUCUAACGGUACUGGUGCCAAUAAUGGAAAUGGUGACGGUACGUCUCAUCAUCUUCAUCAGCAACAACAACAACAUCAGCAACAUCAUCAGCACGCGAAUGCUCAUCAUAUGGAGGAUGUGCUACCGAACGAUCCCUAUCUUCAACAUCAAAUUCGUGCAGGAGGUGGUGUAACGAGUGCGAGUGGUGGGGUAACCGAUGGUAAUUCUCCACCUAUCAGAGCGAGAGGUUCGCCAGGUUCCAGUCGUAGUCCACACGAGGAUCAUCUUUCUUCGCCACAUCGACACUCUUCGUCUGAUGGACCUAGUGCCUUUAGUCCGGCCGAUCAAGGAAGACUACAAUCCUUCACCCAUCUUACUGCAAUGCAACCUCCCACCUCUGUACAAGCUAAUCACGGUAAUCUUCAGGAUACUGAUCGUGUUACUGAUCAAAUUUACUUAGAUCCUCUCUACAAUCAUCACACGACUACUACUGGACAUCAUCAUCAAGAACACGAUCACGGAUCGACGACGCCACAUUCACCGAGUGGUAGUUUAUCAAGUUCAUCGUUGUAUCGUACGAUGGCAGGCGUAGGGACGAUUGGUGCUGGUACAGGAACACCCAGUUACAAUUUGCCAUACAUAGCGAAUAGUCCAACGGAACUUUCGACUUCUCCCCAGUUGUGGAAUGCCCAAGUAACAGGGCUUAGUACAACUUUGCCAUCGCUCGGAGAAGAUUAUGGUAGUAGCAAAUCUUCUUCAGCGGUGACUCAUCAAGCUUUACCUGCUUUCUCGCAACCUUUUGGAGGAAGAUCGAGUUUUCGUGGAUAUUCGCCGCCGUACUCGUCUCAACAAACGACUACGGGAAAUAAUACGGGGAAUGUUGGUGGUGACGCGGCAACCUGGACGUAUGUCUCGCCAUCGAACGAUGUUUCUCUAACGUCUCAAUACGGCGCCGCACCCUCGAGAAGACAAACUGCCAAUCCCCUAACUACGACAUCGCAUAAUCAACUCAGUGCUGCGGCCAGCCUCACUGCGAUGCACAACAUCGAGGCGGAGUACUUUACGGAGGGCCGCGAGUGCGUGAACUGUGGGGCAAUUUCCACACCCUUAUGGCGAAGGGACGGUACCGGACACUACCUCUGCAACGCAUGCGGUCUCUACCACAAGAUGAACGGAAUGAAUCGACCUCUGGUGAAACAACCACGUCGUCUGUCAGCUUCAAGGCGCGUAGGGCUCUCUUGUAGUAAUUGUCAAACGACUAUGACGUCAUUGUGGCGACGAAAUUCCCUGGGCGAGCCAGUUUGCAAUGCUUGUGGUCUCUAUUACAAACUACAUGGUAUCAAUAGGCCGAUAACGAUGAAGAAAGAUAGCAUUCAGACUCGUAAGCGUAAGCCCAAAGGUGGCAUGAAGUCUUCUGAUACUCCCAUUACUAUCAAACGUGGAAUAUGCACGAGCAACGACUUAAAGCAAGAACCAGACAACUUUGAUUUGAGGAUGGUCCACUCAGUUCCUCAAGUCUCAUAUGCCAAUACUCUUUAUAGUAGUAGUCCACAAUCUGGCAAUCGUCUGGUCUCCUAUCGCCCAACAGCACCUAAUAGUCUUUACUAUGAAAUGAUUAAUUCUCAACAACAACAACAACAACAACAGCAACAACAGCAUCAGCAGCUCAUGGAAACUCAUUCACCGAAAAUCGAGUGUCCCUCACCACCUUGUGCAACUCAUUCACCAGGAAUGAUGUCAGCAGGACAUUCACCCGAUCAUCAUCAACUUACCUCACCUCAUAUUGUCACUCUUGGGAAUUCCUCCCCUAGUCCAGCAGGUAGUAAGAUCAUGUUGGACAAUGGGCAUCUUGAAAGACCUACCGUUGUUUCGAUAUCAUCUUAAAAAUCUCACAUUAUUGAUGAGAUUAUUGAAAAAAAAAAUUUAUAAAAACAAAUCUCAGCUUACAAAGCUCAUUAAAAAAGUGAUUAUAAAAAUGAUUAUAAAAAUGACAAUCUCGAUUCUGUAGACAUCAUGUAGAGUUGUUAUUUAUCGUAAAUAAUUUUAAAUUUGAUACUAGUAGUUUCGUUAUUGAUUUUAACGAUUAUUUAAGUUAAAAAAAAAAAAAACAGGACAGUUAUAAAUAAACUUUUUUAUCAAAAUUGACAAAUUUCAUGAGAAUUGAUAAAAAAGAAUCAAAUUGUUUGUUUCGGAAAUAGUUAAAUUUUAAUGUGGGUUAUUCUGUUAUUUGUUACAUUUUUUGAAGAAUAAGAAGUUAGAUAAUAAAAUAUAUUUUAUAAUUACUUUUCUAAAGUAAUUUUAAAAGUACUAGUAACUUUUCUAAAAGUACUUAUAAAAAAUAUUUUUAUAUAUGGAAAACAUUGUACGCCUUGAGAGCCGUACAAUAUUUCGCAAUUUUAAAAAAUAUUAAUUUAGAUUUCAACGUUAAAUGUUGUAACGUAAUGUUUAAUUAUAAGUAAAACUUAAGUAUCUCAGAAAUGUGUGUAUAUAAUGUUUUGUGGAUGGUGUUAAUUAAGGUUCUUGUAAAUAUCAUUAUAAGUCUGAAUAUUAUGUCUUCUUUUUUUUUUGUUUUUGUUCCAAAAUAUAUAUUAAUUUUACUAUUAUUCACAUUUUUAUGAAGUUAAGAAAAUAUUUUUUACGAACAGUUUCGGAGUAUCUACGCACACAUUUCAAAGAUUUUAUUGGAACAAAAAUAAAUACUUGGUAAUAUUUUUUUUCUUAAAUUUUAAAUCAAAAUUACUUUCUAAGAAAUGUAAGUUUGGUGAUUUUUUUUAUGUACAUUUAUUGAAAACUAGAAAAGCAUGCAUAAAAGAAAAAAAAA